AUGAUCCUCUUUGAGCUCGACCGCCUCAAGUCGUCCAUUGAUGAGGCUCUACUGGCGUCCGUCCGGCCGUCGCAGGGCUUCAGUCACGGCAUCUCCUCGGACGCGCGCGUCGCCCGCAACCUUCGCAAUCUCGCCGAAGCAGCCAAGCAGUUUCAUUCUGCCGCCAGCUCCACUGCGAGCACCAUUCGCGACCACAGCGGCAGCUCGAUAGGGAACUUCCCCGCAUACCGUCGGGAGCGAGUUGAAUCGUUCAUUAGGUCCGCCCGCGAGCUCGCAGCGGGCAGUGAGACUCCCCCUUCCGUGGAGGCGGCAUCGCCGCCCCCCGACCCUGUGGUCCGCAUUCCCGAGGAGGUCGAGAACGACGAGGACGACGAGGCGGAGUUUGAGGUGCUCUUUCUGAACGGGCUCGAGGAUCUCGCCAGGGAUAGCAUCCGGAGAACCGAGUUUCAAAAAGCCAUCGGCCUCCUCACCGAGGCCGUCCGGCGGCAGGUCAUCUUGACCAUGCUCCAUGCGGUGGCUCUCGGCUGUCUGUCGACGUAUCGGUUUGAUAGCGCUCUGAGCACCUGCAAAAAAGUAAUCAAGGCGCAAAAAAGGUGGGCUAGGGCUACGUGUACGGUUCGGCGCACCGUCCAGGGCUGCUCGGAGACGACUGGUUUGCUUGCCACCAUCUACGAGAUGCAAGGCGACUACAUCGCCGUCGAGAUCUACCGGCCGCUCAGGGACGAUAUACCAGAAUUCAGCAACCGCUCCCCUACGGCUAGCAUGCCGGGAUAUCUAGGAUUUUACGGCCCCCGGGGGAGCCCAGAUCGUGAUGACCGCGCGCAAUCGCCCGGAAAGCGCAACCCGAGCUUACGCAGAAACCUCACUGCCAUUGGUGGCGACGUGUCGCCCUCACCACUCCUAAGGCCCAGUCGCCAUCAGUGGGAAUGA